AUGACGCAUCGCCAUGCAUUUGAAGCACUUGAUCGAACGUUCAGAGACUUAACAGAUAUUGACUUACCAUUUGCGGGGAAGAUAAUGAUAUUUGAGGGAGACUUUCAACAAGUUUUUCCUGUUAUCCUGAAAGGAACCAAGUCCGAACUAAUACAAGCAAUUGUCGUUAAAGCAUCAUUUUGGUCACAGGUAAAGAUUUUUAAACUCAAACAAAAUAUGAGAUCCAUAAAUGAUCGUGAAUUUUCAGAAUUUUUACUUCAUAUUGGUGAUGGGAAUGAAGAUGUUAUUAUGGAUGAUAUGGUAAAACUACCUGAAUGGAUGAUGAUACCAUGGGAGAGUGAGCAUUCCAUUAAUCAAUUAAUUGCCAAAAUCUUCCCUGACUUAGAGGAUCAUAUAAAUGAUGCAACCUACAUUGUGGAAAGGGCAGUGAUAACUCCUACAAAUGAAGGCGUUGAUAUGUUGAAUGAAAAGAUAAUCAAUAUGUUUCCAGGUUUAGAAGAGACAAUGUAUUCAUUUGAUUCAGUUGAGGAUGACUCAAGGAAUUUGUAUCAGCUAGAGUUCUUGAAUUCAAUCUCACUUGGUGGUUUGCCUCCACACAAGUUAACUCUGAAAAGAGGUGCUCCAAUCAUGCUUUUGGGAAAUAUUGAUCCGAAAUUAGGAUUGUGUAAUGGUACAAGAUUAUUGUGUCGCGGUUCUUACCGAAAUAUUAUUGAUGCUGAAAUUCUAACUAGACAAUUUGUCGGAUCCAGAGUUUUCUUAUCAAGAAUCCCUCUCAAAAGCACUGAUAUUGCUAGGCUUCCAUUUGAACUUACAAGAAACCAGUUUCCAGUGAAACUAAGUUUUUCUAUCACUGUAAACAAAUCUCAAGAUUGGCAAUGA